UCUCAGCUGAGAGUGCUUAGAAUUCAAAUGGAAGACGACACCGGAGAACGAUCAAGCUUCGUCAUCGGCCUCAUCGAGAAUCGCGCCAAGGAGGUUGGAGUAGCUGCAUUUGACUUGAGAUCAGCUUCACUGCAUCUUUCUCAGUAUAUAGAGACUAGCAGCUCCUAUCAAAAUACAAAGACUUUACUACAGUUCUAUGAACCUAUGGCGAUCAUUGUUCCCCCAAAUAAAUUGGCAGCAGAUGGAAUGGUUGGAGUCUCACAGCUAGCUGAUGGAUUUUGUUCCUCCACAAGAAAGGUUAUAAUGAAUCGUGGUUGCUUUGAUGAUACCAGGGGAGCUGUACUGGUUAAAGGAUUAGCUGCUAAGGAACCGUCUGCUCUUGGUUUGGACUCAUACUACAAGCAAUAUUAUUUGUGUCUGGCUGCAGCAGCGGCAACUAUCAAGUGGAUUGAAGCUGAGAAAGGUGUUGUUGUGAUAAAUCACUCUUUACUGGUUACCUUCAAUGGAUCUUUUGACCACAUGAACAUUGAUGCCACCAGUGUUCAGAACUUGGAGAUAAUUGAGCCUAUGCACUCUUCUCUUUUGGGCACAAACAGCAAAAAGAGAAGUUUAUUCCACAUGCUUAAAACAACUCGAACUAUUGGCGGGACUAGACUUCUGAGGGCAAAUCUUUUGCAGCCUCUGAAAGACAUAGAGACAAUUAACACUCGACUCGAUUGCCUGGAUGAGUUGAUGAGCAAUGAGCAGCUAUUCUUUGGCUUGUCUCAGGCCCUUCGUAAGUUUCCGAAAGAAACAGAUAGGGUCCUUUGUCACUUCUGCUUCAAGCCAAAGAGAGUUACUAAUGAAGUCUUGGCUUCGAAUAAUGGAAGGAGGAACCAAAUUAUGAUAUCCAGCAUUAUUCUUCUCAAAACCGCUCUUGAUGCUUUACCGUUACUCUCCCAGGUGCAGCAUCAUUGUUGGGGGCAGGCGUUCACUUUUCUGUAUCUUAUAUGGUACAAUGAUGAGCUUGUGAUUCAGGUGCUUAAAGAAGCCAAGAGUUGUCUGCUUGGAAAUGUUUACAAGUCCAUAUGUGAGAAUGAAAAAUAUACUUCAAUCAGGAACAGAAUUGGAGAAGUGAUUGAUGAAGAUGUCCUUCAUACACGAGUUCCUUUUGUUGCACGGACACAGCAGUGUUUUGCUUUUAAGGCUGGAGUGGAUGGGCUUCUUGAUAUGGCCCGUAGAUCAUUUUGUGAUACCAGCGAAGCUGUACACGACCUCGCAAAUAAGUAUCGUGAAGAUUUCAGACUGCCAAACUUGAAGAUCCCAUUCAAUAACAGGAAAGGGUUUUACUUUAGCAUUCCGCAGAAGGACAUACAGGGAAAACUGCCGAGCAAGUUCAUUCAGGUCAUGAAACAUGGAAACAAUGUACAUUGCUCCAGUCUUGAACUUGCUUCAUUGAAUGCUAGGAACAAGUCUGCAGCUAAAGAGUGCUGGUUGAGGACUGCAUUCUGCCUGGAAGCAUUAAUGGAUGCAAUACGAGAGGAUGUCUCUGUGCUUACCGUUCUUUCAGAAGUGUUGUGCCUUUUAGACAUGAUGGUGAAUUCAUUUGCUCACACGAUAUCAACAAAACCAGUUGAUAGAUAUACUAGACCUAAUUUUACAUGUGAUGGCCCAUUGGCAAUUGAUUCUGGACGGCACCCCAUUCUGGAAAGCAUAAACAAUGAAUUCAUUCCAAAUGGUAUCUUUCUUUCUGAAGCAUCAAAUAUGGCUAUUGUAAUGGGCCCAAACAUGAGUGGAAAAAGUACUUAUCUUCAGCAAGUUUGUCUAACUGUCAUCCUUGCUCAAAUUGGUUGCUAUAUUCCUGCUCGGUUUGCCACUUUGAGAGUGGUCGAUCGUAUUUUUACAAGGAUGGGAACAAUGGACUGUCUCGAAUCAAACUCUAGCACGUUCAUGACAGAGAUGAAGGAGACGGCUUUUAUAAUGCAAAACGUCUCCUCUAGAAGUCUGAUCGUUAUGGAUGAAUUGGGGAGGGCGACUUCGUCCUCUGAUGGAUUUGCAAUCGCAUGGAGUUGUUGUGAGCAGCUAUUGGCACUUAAAGCGUACUCAAUAUUUGCUACUCAUAUGGAAAAUCUUUCAGAGCUAGCCACCAUGUAUCCGAAUGUGAAAAUUCUUCAUUUUGAUGUUGAUGUGAGGAAUAACCGCAUGGACUUCAAGUUUCUAUUGAAGGAUGGACUGCGUCACGUGCCACAUUACGGCCUUAUGUUAGCAGGGGUGGCUGGACUACCAAGUUCAGUAGUAGAAACUGCCAAAAAAAUCACAUCUAGGAUUAAAGAGAAGGAAAUGAAGAGAAUGGAGGUGAAUUACAGACAGUAUCAGGACUUACAAUUGACUUACCAAGUGGCUCAACGGCUGAUGUGCUUGAAAUUUUCGGAUCAGGAUGAAGAUUCUUUGAGGGAGGCUCUGCAGGAUCUCAAAGAAAGCUACUUAAGUGGUAGGCAUAAAGAUAAUUAGAAUUUACUCCUCAUAUCUUUCUUCUAACAUUAAGAAUCUGAUUUGUAUACAUCUAGACAAUGAACAUUAGGAAAUACGUUCAUUGAGAUAACUACCUAGAAGGAAGCAGAACUCUGAAUGUUUGAUGAUUUCUAGUGAUGAUGGAUUUGAGUUAA